UGUACUACUCCUGGAGCAAGCAACAAGCAGCAAAGCAAUACAUGGAACAGAGAAUGGCGAUGGCAAUAGCGUGGACGAGGGAGAAGAGGCUGCGGAGCGUUGCUCUCACUCUCACGCGGCUCUCACUCACUCUGUCCCGCUGCAACAGGGAGCCGCCAUGGCCAUCAACGCCGACUGCCGCCGCGUGCAGGCCUCGCUCCGAUCCAGCCGCCCAAGACCUUUCCGCCCCAGUUCCAUCCCAUCCUCGCCUGCCGGAGCCCCGCGUCCCAGCCGCCGUCACCCGAGCUUGGCCAUGGCGCCGCCAACCGGAGCUUCGCCCGCCUCCGGCCAUUCCUCGGCCGGCUCCUGCAGCCCCGCGCCCGUCCCGGCCUCCUCCACGCCAAGCAGCAGCUCGUCGGAGCACGAGCUCCACCGGCUCCCGCCGCCGCCCUGCUCCGUUCAUCGCCUUCUCCGCCAGAUCCGGCGAGGCCCUGCGUUCCCAGCAUCGUCCCCGUCACCAGGUCGCCGCGCCGCACCACCGGAGACCAGCAGCGCCGUCGCACUCCGUGUCCUAUCCCUGCUCGUGUACGUGCGCAGGAGACGCGCCAGGUCGCCUCGAUUCAGGCCUCCUCCUCGCCCGUGGGCCACCAGCACCGAGCCGGCUUUCUGGCGAGACCCCAGUCCUGCCUCAGCCACUACGCCUGAAGCCGCCCCGCCGCAGCGCGCCUCCUCGCGUGCCUCGCCCCAACUGAGCACGCCGGCCGCCUUGUCCUCCUCCGCCGCGACGCCUCGGCCCGCGAAGGCGCCUCGCCAAGCAGCGGGAGGAGUUGCGUGCUAGGCUCACCUGGCGCAAGCGCGCCCGCGAGCUCACCCCCGUGCCGGCCAAGGCCGCCUUCGGCGACUCCACAACUCCCUGUCUGUCGCGCCCUCGAACGCCCGCCACAAGGCCGCUCCCCAUUCCUGGCCUCGGGCGGCGUGGACGCCGGCAGCAAGCGGAGGCGCGUGCCAGGCGGUGGAGGACGGCUCGCGGGCGUCAGCGGCAAGCGGCGUGCCCGGCGGUGGAGUACGGCAAUGGAUAAACGGCGGCGGAGAACGCAAUGGAUGCAGGGGGCUUUUUGCAAAAUCCAACCGUUUUCUGCAGUAACACAUUAAAAUAGGACUGCGGGUUAAUUUUUUAUAAACUGAGGGGCUUUUAUGCAAAAUCGCUAGCGACGGACGGGCAGAAGCACUAUUUGCUUUAUUAGUAGGGAAAGAUUUCAUAAAUAUGAUAGUAUGAAGAUAAUUUGUUCUUUCUUUUCUCUGUUCACAAUGGAUAGCAAUAUUUGUUGUUUUUCAGAGUGUUACACAAUUUAUCAAAGGAAGGACAUACUCUAAUCUAAUGAUGUAUAACAUCUUUGAU